UUGUGCAAACAAAACUGCAAGCUAACUUCAAAAGGCUCAGAGAGCCUUCAGCUCCAAGCCGAAGAAGAAGGAAGAGGAUACAGAAGAACAUGUUGGGUUUUGGCGGGAAAAAAGUGGGCAAUAUGGUGGUGGGCUUUGCCGGUAACGGUCUGGGCCAGGCUCUGACGGCCGUGGCGGUAGCUCUCCUUCUCCGCCUCUUCUCCGGCCCAGGCCCAGCACUGUUGCCGGGGACCGAGACCAACGAAGACGGUGCGAACGAAAAAAACGAGGACGAUGAAGCUGAAACUACAGCCAGCGGAAAAGUUAUCCCGGUGACAAUCCGGUGGCGCAAUAUCACGUGCUCUCUCUCCGACAAAUCCUCAAAAUCGGUGAGGUUUCUAUUGAAAAACGUGACAGGAGAAGCUAAACCAGGAAGACUGCUAGCGAUAAUGGGUCCGUCAGGUUCAGGAAAGACGACGUUGCUAAACGUACUUGCGGGUCAGCUAACGGCGUCACCGCGGUUGAACUUGUCGGGGUUAUUGGAGGUCAAUGGAAAGCCUAGUUCGAACAAAGCUUAUAAGUAUGCUUAUGUGAGACAAGAGGACUUGUUUUUCUCGCAGCUGACAGUGCGAGAAACACUCUCUCUCGCCGCCGAGCUACAGCUACCGGAGAUAUCUUCUGCUGAAGCCAGAGAUGAAUACGUGAACAAUAUAUUGUUCAGACUAGGCUUGGUCAAUUGUGCUGAUUCGAUCGUUGGUGAUGCAAAAGUCCGUGGAAUCAGUGGAGGAGAAAAGAAACGUUUGUCUGUGGCAUGUGAACUUAUAGCAAGCCCAUCUGUUAUCUUUGCUGAUGAACCCACAACUGGACUUGAUGCCUUCCAGGCAGAGAAAGUAAUGGAAACUCUACGUCAACUUGCACAGGAUGGGCAUACUGUAAUUUGCUCCAUCCAUCAGCCUAGAGGAUCAGUGUACAGUAAAUUUGACGACAUUGUGUUGCUAACUGAGGGUGCACUUGUUUAUGCUGGUCCUGCACGUGAUGAACCAUUGGCAUACUUUUCUAGAUUCGGAUACAAUUGCCCAGAACAUGUGAAUCCUGCUGAGUUUUUGGCUGAUCUCAUAUCAAUUGAUUAUAGUUCAGCAGCAAGUGUCUAUUCAUCUCAGAAAAGAAUAGAUGGUCUUGUUGAGUCAUUUUCUCUACAAGCAUCAACAAUUCUGUAUGCAACCCCAAUCACAAGAAGAGAGAUCUCCAAGAACACCGUGAAGCAUAGCAAGAAAAGUAUAGUUAAGAAGAAGGGAGGCUGGUGGAGCCAAUUUUGGUUGCUUCUAAAGCGUGCAUGGAUGCAGGCUUCCCGUGAUGGACCAACAAAUAAAGUUCGGGCAAGAAUGUCAAUUGCAUCAGCUGUAAUAUUUGGGUCAGUCUUUUGGAGAAUGGGAAGGUCUCAGACAUCAAUACAAGACAGAAUGGGAUUGCUACAGGUUGCUGCGAUAAACACCGCAAUGGCUGCUCUUACAAAGACUGUGGGAGUGUUCCCAAAGGAGCGGGCAAUAGUAGAUAGGGAGCGAGCAAAGGGAUCUUAUACGCUAGGACCCUAUUUGCUUUCUAAGUUGUUGGCUGAGAUUCCUGUUGGAGCAGCAUUUCCUUUAAUGUUUGGUGCUGUUUUGUACCCCAUGGCUCGUCUUCAUCCUACUUUGUCUAGAUUUGGGAGGUUCUGUGGUAUUGUGACAAUGGAAUCUUUUGCUGCAUCAGCUAUGGGUCUUACUGUUGGGGCUAUGGUUCCAAACACUGAAGCAGCAAUGGCAGUGGGGCCCUCUCUUAUGACAGUUUUUAUUGUAUUUGGAGGCUAUUAUGUCAAUGCAGAUAAUACUCCAAUAAUCUUCCGAUGGAUUCCUCGUGUUUCUCUUAUAAGAUGGGCCUUUCAAGGGCUUUCUAUCAAUGAAUUCAGUGGUCUUCAAUUUGAUCAUCAGAACUCAUUUGAUAUCCAAACUGGAGAACAGGCCCUUGAGCGCCUCUCAUUUGGAGGAAGCCGCAUUAGGGAUACAGUGGUAGCUCAGAGUAGAAUACUUCUAUUUUGGUAUUGUACAACUUACCUUCUCCUUGAGAAAAACAAACCCAAAUACCAGCAGCUUGAGGCCCCACCUCUUAACCAAGACCAACCACCGCCACAACUUGAGCCUUCUGACAAAGAUCAAUCCCAACAAUACCAGCCAAAUGAAUCUCCAACACUUAAUCAAGUUGAGCCAAAUGAGCAGCUUGAAUCAUCUGCAAUUGACCAAAUCCGACCAUUUAUACUAGAAGGUGCUAAGUAAAGGAGAUGUCUUUGCGAUUAAGGAGGGUCUCAUUCCUUUCCUGAGCUAAUGAUCAAUCUCAUUGAAUAAUUACAUAUUCAUUUUCUGAUUUUUGUAUAUUCAAGACUGCUUUGGAAUCCGAUUAGGAUGCCAAGUGUCAUAGAUCUGCUUCAACCUUUUAAUGGAUGGAAAAUGACUUUCAAUACAUAAAAGAGUUGUAUUUC